AUGGACCCGGCAGAACUGAGCCAAGUGGAGGUUCUGAUCAAUACAAUCUACAGCACUGGACAGCAUCCAGAUGCCGUCAAGAUUGCUCAGAGAGAACUUUUGAAAUACCAGCGUGGACCUAAUGGCUGGGAUCUUGGCCAGGCACUGCUCGAGACAAGCGACGCAAACGCACAGUUUUUGGGCGCAAGCACAUUUUUGAUAAAAAUUCACGAUCAAACCGCUGCUCUUCCUGAUCAAAUAAAACAUCUUUUGCUGCAAUGGCUUCAAUCUGCAGUGCAGACGCCCUUUAAACCUUUUGUCACUCGCAAGAUCAUGGGAGCCAUCAUCACUUUAUUCUUUCGCCAACAUGCAGAAUGGCCCGAUUUCCUAGGCGAUAUGGCUAAAGUUCUUUCUUCAAAUUUCUCGCAGGUUCUUGUGCUAAGCCAGAUGCUGAUGGAGGAUUAUACACGUCUGCAGCAAUCCAUCCAUAGCUUGCGAAGUGCUUUGCACAAAAUGGUACCCCAGGUCGGGACCUGGAUUGAGCACUCACUGGCUCAGAAUGAUACAACGCUGAAACUCCAGGCACUUGAUACCUUCUUGCCCUGGGCUUCCGCGUUUAAUCAUGAUUUAGCACCGUUGUUAACGGUGGUUAUUGAUGGCCUCAACACGGAUGAUUUUGACUUGUUCGAUAAAACUGCUGCUAUUCUUACAGACCUUUAUCCCGUUCAUUAUAAAGCUUGGACUCGCGAUGUAAAAGCGAGGUUGUUAGCAGCUCUUGAAAAAUACACUUCCCAUUCUGACGAGGACUACCUUAUUCCUCUCGGCCGGUUAGUUCUCGUAGUCUCAAGUGAAGACGCAACGACACGACCCAAGCUUAUGGACUAUAUUUUGAGUCGGCUUACUGAAAAUCCCGAAAAUAUUCUGGAUGAUGAGCUCGCUAACGAUGUCCUGGAGUUUUGGAACGUGUUUGUUGAAGAUAUCAUUUCUGGUGGCAUGUCUGGAGAGUAUAAUGCCACCAUAUACAAAGUUAUUGGAAUUUACUGGCAGAGACUUCAGUUAUUUGAAAUGUCUGAUUCGUCUUGGGAGCUGUUUUCCAGUUUUAGAAGAGACUUCUGCGACUUUUUAGAGUUGACAUACUCACUGCUGGGGCUCGGUCUUUUCGAUCAGCUCGUGUCCUCAAUUGUCCAAGAAUUACAGACUAGAGAUCACGCAAAACUCAAUUGGAAAGAAAUUGAGAUCUCAUUGUGUUGCCUCAAUGGUCUCGCGGACAUCAUUGGUGUUGACGGCAAAGAAUUUGAGACUGUUCAGGCAGUUUUUAGCAGUACUUUGUGGGUCGACUUGCAGUAUUGCAAAAAUCUAAGGGUUCGUCAAACAGCUGUGAAUGUGAUUGGGUGCUACGAUGCAUUUUUUGAGUCCGAAGCUGGCAGAACUUAUCUCUCCCCCACUCUGACUUAUUUAUUCUCAAGCUUGACCGAAGUUUCUUUGCAAAAUAUUGCAUCUCGAUCUAUUCAAAAACUCUGUUCGUCCUGCAGGGAGGUUCUUGUGCCAGAAUAUGGCCAGUUUUUGUCCGCUUAUAUUGCCAUUCACUCUCGGCUUCAACCCACUGCUCACCAAAGAAUAGUAAUGUCGGUUGGCUACAUUAUCCAAGCUAUCGAAGAUCUUCCAACUCAAGCGGAUGCUAUCAAUGAAAUCCUGGUGCUUCUCGAAGCUCGCCUUUCUCAAAUUGAAAAAGUAGAGGAUGACCUGGCCCAUCUCCGAUGUCUCUCAGGGCUGGGUAAAGCUUUACGGGAACCUACAGAUGCUCUUAUCUUGCAUGCACAAGUCGAAGCCGCUCGAAAUUACUGGCCAAACGAGCCAAAAGAGUUGCGGAAGCGGUUACUAUGCAUUGUUAGACAAUUCAUCAACAGGCCUGAACCAGACCUUUGUGAGGCACUUUGUGAAAUCAUCAAGUCUGGAUUGAGUGAGCAGGUUGAAACGCCGUUUAGUUUUGGUGCUGAUGCAACUAUUUCCUUUGCUAUUGAUAAAAACCAGUUAGGGCCUGCGGUGUGCCGUCCAUCAGUUGUCGAUUUGGCCACAUUUCUUAUCACGAGCCAAGCAUCUGCAAAAACGCUCAACACAACCACGGCGUUUGCAUCUUUGUCUCUGGUGAGUGGCGAUGCUCACGACUCCAGUCUUCGACUCAUGACUGAGGUGGUCAAUAAAAUCCCGCUAGCUUUUGUUGAGUACUCUCGAGCUGCAGAGCUGGUGGACUUUGCCGUGAAAAGCCUCGGUUUUAGUGACAGAUUUGUAUUGAGCGCUGCUUCCAAGUUUUGGAUGCGGUUUGCCAGUACAAGUGAAACAGCGCCAGCUCUUGAGCAAUUUGGUCAACAACUUGUUGAUGCCAUUGCGCGACAGAUCUCUGGCGACGCCAAUCGUAGCGAUGUUGAUUACCAUGCUGAUAUCGUAAAGAAAUUGAUGGCAAGAGCGCCUAUGCCAACUGCGAUUUGGCUCCAACACAGCCUGGUGGAUGCACCUGUCAGCGAGCGGCUAGCAUCGCAAACGGAAAAGUCUCGCAAAGAUUUUGUCAAACAGCUCAUUCUUCUUCGCGGUGGACGACAAACUACUCAAGUUAUUGUAAAGUUUUGGCUGCAUUGCAGGGGUUUACCAGAGUAUUAG